AAUGGGAAAGCACCUCGGCGUCACGCACCUCCUUUCCCGGCGGCCACCGCCUGCGCAGCGAGUGAGGCGUCGUCAGUGCUGGAGGCAGGCUCCGGUCGCGGCCGCGGCUAGUUAACAUCGGUUUUCCAAUCUGUCCGCGGCUGCCGCCGCCCAAGACAGAGCCAGAAUGUUCAGGAUGCUGAGCAGCAGUUUUGAGGAUGACCCCUUCUUCUCUGAGUCCAUUCUUGCACACCGAGAAAAUAUGCCACAGAUGAUGAGAAGUUUAUCUGAACCCUUUGGAAGAGACUUGCUCAGUAUCUCUGAUGGUAGAGGGAGAGCUCGUAAUCAUAGAGGACAUAAUGAUGGUGAAGAUUCUUUGACUCAUACAGAUGUCAGCCCUUUUCAGACAGUGGACCAAAUGGUGUCAAAUAUGAGAAACUAUAUGCAGAAAUUAGAAAAAAACUUUGGUCAACUUUCACUGGAUCCAAAUGGACAUUCAUUUUGUUCUUCCUCAGUUAUGACUUAUUCCAAAAUAGGAGAUGAACCACCAAAGGUUUUUCAGGCCUCAACUCAAACCCGUAGAGCUCCAGGAGGAAUAAAGGAAACCAGGAAAGCAAUGAGAGAUUCUGACAGUGGACUAGAAAAAAUGGCUAUUGGUCAUCAUAUCCAUGACCGAGCUCAUGUCAUUAAAAAGUCAAAGAACAGGAAGACUGGAGAUGAAGAGGUCAACCAGGAGUUCAUCAAUAUGAAUGAAAAUGAUGCUCAUGCUUUUGAUGAGGAGUGGCAAAGUGAGGUUUUGAAGUACAAACCAGGACGACACAAUCUAGAAAACACUAGAAUGAGAAGUGUUGGCCAUGAGAAUCCUGGCUCCCAAGAACUUAAAAGAAGGGAGAAACCUCAACAAAGUCCAGCCAUUGAACGUGGAAGAAGAUCAGAUGUUUUGGGGGAUAAACUCCACAUCAAAGGCUCAUCUGUGAAAAGCAACAAAAAAUAAAUAGCCAUGCAUUUGAUUUGCUUAGUUUUGGUUGUUUUAACAGUUAGUAAUGGUGCUGGGUAAUAAGCAUAAGACCAAUCUCUUGCUGUUAAAUCAGUUCUGUCCUUGGCAACUUUCUUCUGAUACCUGAAUGUUCAUGAAGGUCCUAGCUUUAUAUUGUCCCUCUUUUAGGAAUAAAAUUUUGAUUUUCAACAAUGUGAGUAAAUUGUGAAACAGUCUAUUUAAUAUAAAACUCUUUAAAACAUACUAAUUUUUUAAAGCUUAUAUGCUGAUUUCGCUUCCCCAGUUGUUUUUGUGUUGGCUAGGUAUUCUUUUAUAUUUAUCAAGAUUGAUUGCAGAGCAGUUCUGUCACUUAUAAUUAGUUAUAAGACAUUAUAAUGUUAAAAAUUUCUCAGUUUUUACUAACACUGUACUCGGGUGAUAUUAAUAAAGGUUUAAAUAAUUUAUCUCUAAUUUUAUAAUGUGCUGUACAGCCAGCUAGAUUAAAACUUUAAAAAUAAUAAAGCAAAACUACACUGGUACUCUUUUAUGAGAAAAUAGUUAUUAUUUUGAUAAAGGGCAAGAAUGAUCAAAUAGUUCAUUUUUGGAGAAAAAUAUUUUAAAUUGCUAAUGUA